CGCGCGGAGCGAUGCGGUCGUAGGCGCGGCAACGUCGCUCGACGCUCGAUCGCUCGCUCAGUAUAGCGCGAGGCUCGCAUCGGGAGGCCGCGCCGCCCGAGCCAUGAACAACGACAAGAUGAACACGCGCGAAUACCGCGAGCGCCUAAUCGACGAAGUGAAGAAGAAUCCGGUGCUUUACGACACGCGCCACGAGAACCAUCGCGACAUCGACGUGCGGGACCGUUGCUGGCUCGAGAUCUCCGAGCGCCUUGGGGCCAACUGUGAGGUGUUAAAACGUGAAUGGAAGAUCCUGCGCGAUUCCCUCCGACAGUCGCUCAAAAAGAGCAAUCGAGGCGGCACCACCAAGGCGGGUGCGCCUUGCAAGAAGUGGCGCUUUCAGUCUCGGAUGGCUUUUGUGCUGCCUUACAUGACUAUAAGAAGGAACCGACGUGUCAUCAAAGACGACAUCAAGAUGGACGAGUCCGAAUUGCCGUCGGAUCAGGAUCUGGAGACGGAGACGUGGGGAGCGUCGGAAGCACCGGAAGAGGGUGGUGAGCACGAGGCCUUGGAGCUGUUCUUCGCGUCAGUAUGUCAGAGCAGCAAGCGGCUUCCGCGGCGGCUACAAGCUACACUUAAAAGGCAGGUCCUGGACGCUCUGCUGCGUGCCGAAGAACAGUGCGACGAUAAGCUUUCCCCCAAUAAAUGGGACUCAGUCGCGUCGUAGGGCAACCGAAUUCUACUGAAACCUGUAACUUACUCAGAUCGAGCUAAGAAAGCGUCGCAUUUAGAACAAUUAAAUUAAGUAGGUUUGUAUGUAAGUGCGUUUUAGCAAUCUCUCAAUCUUUAUGACGAUUUUUGAGGUGACGAGUUCUUGCAGAAGCAGAAAACACGAUGACGUGAUUUAGAGCCUUCCUCACUAUUAUAUUUAAUAAGACUGCUUUAACUUAUUUAAACAGGUGUUAUUUAUAUUAAAUUUUAUUUUUUAACUGGUGUGAUUUUUAAAAUGUAAAAAGAUAUAUAUUUCUCUGUAUUGUCUUCUUAUUGCGACAUGAAGGUUUGCUAUGUUAAUUUUUUCUCGCGUAUAAAUGGAAUAUGCCUUAGGGGCUCCUUAAUAUUCUUGAAAAUUGCUAAACUAAAAUGUUGAUAGUUGAACACUCAACAGGAAAAAUAUUUAAAAGUAGAUUUGAAGGCUUCCAAUAUCAAUAUUGUCGCCGGUGCGAGGUAAUUUCCGACGAGCCUCAACACCCGCCCCCGACAAAAACGCCGCUUCAAAUAUUUAGAAGAAAGUAUUUGCAGACUGGCCUUACCGAUGAAUUCAUUUUCUCAAUAUUUUUACGAAUCGAUUACAAGGGACAUCCAUUUUGUACAAUAUUCUUAAGUUAAUUAAUUUGGGGGAGAGUUCACGAAUGGUUACUUCUGCAAACGAUUUUUUAUCAACCUGCCAUUGUAUGAAUAAACGCCACUAAAUAUCUCAUAGGAACGGUUCAUUUACGAUUUAGAUUCAUCAUUAGAUUCGGCGCUUCAGAAGACAACGAUUGCCUCAGAAACAAGGAGCUUUUCAUCUCGGGCAUCAUAUUCCUAACAAACAACACAUAUUUUAGUUUACAAGUUUUAUACAGUAGUUAGACGAAUAAAAUA